CUCCCUCAGGUUCUCCCUCAGGUUUUCGGGGACUCCUGCGCCAGCUGUAAAUGCAGGCGGUUAACAAAGGUCAGACCGAGCACGCUGUCGUUCGUCAGCCAGGGCCCGGCCUGCCGCAGGGCUGACAGAAGAUUAUGGCACAGGCUCAAGGUUUGGGGAAGAGAUACGUUAAAGCCUUUUUUAAAGGUUUCUUUGUUGCUGUUCCAGUAACCGUGACUUUCCUGGAUAGAGUUGCCUGUGUAGCAAGAGUGGAAGGAGCAUCAAUGCAGCCUUCUUUGAAUCCUGGGGGAAGACAAGCAUCUGAUGUAGUGCUCUUAAACCAUUGGAGCAUUCGAAAUUAUGAUGUACAACGUGGGGACAUUGUGUCAUUGGUGUCUCCUAGAAACCCUGAACAGAAGAUCAUUAAACGAGUGAUUGCUCUUGAAGGAGACAUUAUCAAAACCAUUGGUUACAAAAAGAAGUAUGUGAAAGUUCCACAUGGGCAUAUUUGGGUGGAAGGUGAUCACCAUGGACACAGCUUUGACAGCAAUGCUUUUGGCCCGGUUUCUCUUGGACUUCUACAUGCUCGAGCUACUCAUAUCCUCUGGCCUCCACAACGCUGGCAGAAGUUACAGCCAAUGCUACCUCCAGAGCGCAAACCACUCCAGAGAGAGCAGGAGUGAUCUAAAUGCUCAGACAGAAAAACACUGAAGUGAAUUUUAACUGGGAAGAGUUGCAGUGGUUAUACCAUCACCUGUAAGAACUUUGCCAAGUGUGCUUUAGUAUCAGGUACCGUGUCAGCAAAUACACAAAACAUCUUCAUGUUAAAAUGCCACCUUAAUUGUAAAGUUUUUCUGUUUUUUUUUUUUUUGUUGUUUGGUGGGUUUUUUUAAAUCUUAAACAGUAGUGCAUUGUGCAUUAUUUUGAUUUGAAAUAAUUGUUUGUAGAAGGUUUGAAUGUUCAACGUUUCUGGGAGCAGUAAAAUACUUGACUUACUGUGUCUGUACCUGUCCUUCUCUGGUUAAGAAAUUAUUAAAACCUUCAAUAAAAUAUUUUAAUCUUUUA